AUGGUAGGGCAGGGUAAGAUAGAAAAGGAGGAAGUAGGGUAGGAUAAGCUAGAGCAAAGUAGGGUUAGGAAGGGUAUUAAAAGGUAGGGUAGGGUAGGGUAGGGUAGGGUAGGGUAGGGUAGGGUAGGGUAGAGUAAGGUAGGGUAGGGUAGGGUAGGGUAGGGUAGGGUAGGGCAAAGGCAAUUAGUUUCAGACACAUGCCCUAAAGCGUUCAAUUUCCUUUGCACUGACCAAAGAACGAGGCUAAUUUUUAAAACCCUACUAAUGAAAUGUCAGUUCCAGGGAGAGAAAACCAAAAAAUUUCAAUUUAUUUUCCGUAGGCUUUUUGAAAAUUCAUAACAUUUGUUUCAAAAUGAACAAAUUUUUAUCAAUUUAGUUUUUUUUUGAAAAAAAUACAAAAUGAAAAAUCACUCAAUUUGUCAAAGUCAGACGUGCCUAGUCUAGAGCUAUUCACAUUUUCAAAUUUCACAUUCAAACAUUUCAAAAAUUUCAAAAAAUUAAAAAAAAAUUUUUUUAAAAUAAAAAAAACUUCAAAAAGUUCAAAAAAAUUUUAAAAUAUCUAAAGAAGCUUAGCACCUAGACCUUAGCCAAGGAAUGCACAGCCUAAUAGCCAAUUAUGUGUUAAACAUAACAGCGUUUCAUUGUCCUGCGUCAUGGAGAUAAAUAGACACUAUAAAAAACACAUGUCAGCUAACCCAAAACCAAACUUUUUUUGAAGAAAAAUGGGUAAAAUAGAAUUGAAAUUAUAUUUUAAAAAAUAAAAUAAGCCUAAACAUGUAAAAGUUAUGUAAGAAAAAUACGUUUUUUAAUUAUAAGGCUAAAAUUCAUAACGAGAAGCUCAGACUGAAGCUUAAGCUUAGGCGUAAACUUAAGCUUAGGUUUAAGAUUAGGCUUAGGCUUAGGCGUAAACUUAGGCUUAGGUUUAAGAUUAGGCUUAGGCUUAGGCUUAGGCUCAAACUCAGUUCAAUUUCAACCUUAAGCUCAGGCUCAAGGCUAAAAGCCUAAGCCUAAAAGCCUCAGCCUACGAGCCUAGUCUAAAAGCCAAAGACUAAAAAUUUAAACUAAAGAACCAUAGAAACCUAAGCCUAAAAGCCAACCCAAUGUUUCAAUUAACAGCGUAAAAAUUUUGAAAAUUCGGCUGGCAAACAUACAAGCCUAAAGGCUUACAAAUCCUAAAAAACAAUCAAAAUCCCAAGCUAAAAAUCCAAAAAGCAUAAGCCGUCUCUAUAAGCCAAAACAGCUGUAUAAAUUAGCCUUGCAAAACCCCCUCCCUUGUCCUCCUCAUCAUAUCCCGUCCCCCCUCCCCCCCCUUUACCCUUUAACUUAGACUUGCAAAAUCUAUCCUCCCCUCUCUGAACCCCUUUUUCCAUUUCUUUUUCUUGCUCUUACUUCCUCCCCUCCCCCCUCAUCCCUUAAAUUAGGCUUGCAAACCCCCCCCUAAUUCAAAAUUGCUUCCCCUUCCAGAAUAGCCACAUUUAUAAUAAGAGAAGUGUCCGAAGACAACAAAAAGUUCCUCUUCAAAUGCCCUUUUCAGAUUCCCUCAACAUUUUUCUUUUGGCACCGGCUUUAAAUAUCAAAAAGAAUUGGAUUGACAAAAAACAAAAGUUGUUCUCCUUCUAUAAGUAGCAUCUGAAGAGGGGCUUUGGAACGAAAAGGGAAAUCGACAAGUUUUUUUCGACAUUUUGACGCGUUUUUGAUAAAAAAAAGGUCAACUUAUGUAUAAGAAAUAAAUGUAAUAUAAGCUUACUUUUUGGCUCUGUAGGCUGACGCUUGGGUUAAAAAACUAAGGCUUACAGACUAUCUUAGUUUUAAAAAAAUACUAUUUUAAGCAUGCCUUUACAAUUAAGCCUAAGACUAUUUUUAAGCUUAAGCCUUAACCUAGUCCUGAGUCUGAGUCUAUGGCUAAGCUGAAGCUCGAGCGUGAUUAAGCUUGAUUUUCAGCCUAAGCCAAAACUUAAGCUUCAGCCUAAGCCUGAGCCGGAGAAACAGCAUGAGCUUAGGCUUAAAACUGAGCUUGAGCUGAAACUUAAGACUAAACUUGAGCUUGAGCCUGAGCCUGUGCCUGAACCUGAGCCUGAGCCUGAGCCUGAUCCUGAGCCUGAGCUUGAGCCUGAGCCUGAACCUGAGCCUGAGCCUGAGCCUGAGCCUAAGCCUGGGCCUGAGCCUGAGCCUGCGCCUGAGCCUGAGCCUGAGCCUGAGACUAAGCCUGAGCCUGUGCCUAAGCCUAAGCCUAAGCCUAAGCCUAAGCCUAAGCCUAAGCCUGAGCUUGAGCCUGAGCCUGAGCCUGAGCCUGAGCCUGAUCCUGAGCCUAAGCCUGAGCCUGAGCCUCAGCGUAAGUCUAAGCCUAAGCCUAAGCUUAAACCAGAAAUUAAGCCUGAUCUUGAGCCUCAGCUUAAGCAAAAAAUUAAGUAUAAACUUAAGCCUAAGCCUAACUCUAAGCCAAAAAAACAAAGCUAAAGUCCAAGCCUAAAAUUAAAACUAAAGAUAAUCCUAUACUUAAAUAUAGUAAACCUGUAAUUUAUAUCUAAGAUUAAGCCUUAGCUCAGGCCUAAGUCUAAACUUAAACCGUCCCCUCCCCCUUUUUCGCUACUAUAAAAACGUAAAAAAUAAAAAAAUAUUUGAAAUGAACUAUAAAAAUCUGAUGAAUUUCCUCAAAACCGGCCCGAAACUUCAUGGUUCAUGGCAUAAACCAUGAAAUUGCAAGUAGUUCGAACAAAGCAAAGUUUAAAAAUAGUCGGGCAUUGUCAUUCCUCAAGGCCCUAACAACAAAAAGUCGAAUGAAAUCCGGUUUAGGGGGUCGUGAUUGACAAACUGCUUAAAGACUAGACUAUUCGGAAAAAAAGAAGAAACAUGCAUACAAUAUGACAAAGCACAGAAAAAGAAUAAUAUGACAAGAAAAAAGAAAGUAGCUAGUCUCAGGAAUAGUCAAACUAAAGAUAAAUUUAGCCUAUGUUAUAGAAUAAGGCUUAGUUUAAGGCUCAAUGGGAGGCUUAGAAUUCACAUUAGAUUUAUGAGCUCUAGGCUUAACAAAACUUAACAAGCUUAGACUAAGGUUUGAGUGUAGGCUUGAUCUUAAGCUUAGCCUUAGACUAAAAAUCUAGCUUUGACAUAGGCUUAAACUUAAUGUUAGGCUUAAGCUUAGGCUUAGUCUUAAGCUUUAGUUUGGCUUAAGCUUAGAGUUGAGCUUAAACUUGAGGUUAGGCUUGAGCUUAACUUGAGCUUAAGCCUGAGCCUGCGCCUGAGCCCGAGUCUGAGCCUAAGCCUGAGCCUGAGCCUGAGCCUGAGCCUGAGCCUGAGCCUGAGCCUGAGCCUGAGCCUGAGCCUGAGCCUAAGCCUGAGCCUGAGCCUCAGCCUCAGCCUGAGUUUGAGCCUUAGCCUUAGGCAAAGCCUUUAAUCUAAAUUUUUAAUGUCAACUAAGCCUUUCCUUGAUAAACACUUUUCUAAGCCUAAUACGCCAACAAACAGAAGCUGUCUCUAUAAGAAAGCAUGAUAUCAUCGAUAUUGCUAUACAAUUUAGUACUACCUAACAUAAUAUCAAUGUACUACAACUCUUUUCCUCUUCUCAAGAAUCCUAUUUCCGAACAUUCCCCCUCCCUCCCUCAUCAGCCAUUAAAAGCGAGUUUAAAAAGUUCUGGAAAAAGUUGCGUGAAGUGCUCGCGGCCCUAAAAAUGUCUGUUUAUAUUUAGAAAACAGGCUCGUACACAUCUUCUCGGAUGUGUUAUUUUGUCGUAGAGACGAGGAAAUGUUUUGACAAUUUUCGAAGACAGAGCUAUCUGAGGCUUUACUGGGCAUGGCAUAAAAUUUUUUGUUUAAAAAAAUAGUAUAUUGAAUUUUGGUCGAUUUUCAAAUUUGCUUUUAAAGUUAAUUGCCCAAGGCUAAAAUUGCAGCCAAGACUAAGGCUAAAGUUUAGACUGAGAGUUAAGGCUAAGAAGUAACUAAGAAGAGACCAGGCCAAGACUAAAGUAAAAGUUAAGGUUAAGGCUGAAGCUCAAGCUCAACCUCAAGCUCAAACUGAAGCUCAAGCUAAAAUUGAAGCUGAUGCUCAAGCUGAAGCUCAGUCUUAGGCGACGGCUCAAGCUGAAGUUCAAGCUAAAACACAAGUUGGAGCUGAAGCUGAGGCUCAAGCUCAAGCUGAAGCUCAAGCUGAAGUUGAAGCUGAAUCUGAAGCUCAAGCUCAUGCUCAGGCUCAGGCUCAGGCUCAGGCUCAGGCUCAGGCUCAGGCUCAGGCUCAGGCUCAGGCUCAGGCUCACGCUCAGGCUUAG